AUGCGGAGGAGAAUGGGAGGGGGAUCUCCUUCGGUCUUCAAUCGUAAUAUGCUUCUUCGUCGCCUCGAAUCCUGUAGGCACAAGUCGUCGAGCGUCGAAAACAUAGUGGAGUACUUGCGUUCAACGUUUCCUGAUUACAGACGAAUCAAGCAACAACCCUUCUCCAAAUACGUCCAGCAAACUCUUGAGUUCCAACAAAGAAGACAAAAUUUCUCUACUUUCACGGAAGAGACUGACUCCAGAGCAUCCUCCCCAACCCCUGCUCGUAAGAAGCUUAAGAGAAUUAAGCAGAGAGAGCAAGAUCGUCCUUUGACCUCAUCUGUGGCAUCAUCCUCUUCGUCCGGCAAUGACGAUGAGUCGGAUGGUGCGGUUUCCAUUUCUGAAGGUGCAGUUUAUGAAGAGAAGGUGGAACCGGAGUUCGAUUUGAUGAAGUCAAUGCUUCGUUCAAGUUACAGUGCAUCAAAGAAUAUCGAUACAAAGGUUAAGGCUGAGGAGAAGAAUUUGGAGAUGGAAGUUAUUAAUAAAGAGAAGAAGAUUGGUUUGAUUGGUAGAGAUGGGAUUGAGACGUUGGGUGUGAGGAAAGAACUGAGUAGUAGAGAUGGUUAUGAGGUGAAGGGGAAGGAUAAACCGAGGUUUAGGGAUCUCGGUGGGAUCAAAGGGGUUUUGGAUGAGUUGAUGGUGGAGGUACUUUUUCCACUUUACUAUCCGCAGCUGCCUUCUUGGCUGGGAGUGAGGCCCAUAACUGGGAUUUUGUUACAUGGACCGCCUGGUUGCGGAAAGACACAGCUUGUUCACGCGAUUGCUAAUGAAACUGGGAUGCCCUUCUAUAAGAUUUCAGCUACUGAAGUUGUUUCUGGUGUGUCAGGUACUUAA